AUGGUUUCAUAUGUUGUCUCAUAAUAUGUGAAUAGUUCGGCUUAGUUAUACAUAUUUUAAAUGUAAUUGGGGCAUCAACACUUGUGUCAACAAGUCUCAAUAUACUCACAUGUAUGUUUGGCACAAUACGUCUAAUCAUAGGCAUGAUAUUUACAUGUGUCAAGUGUUGAUAAGCACUUGGUUUUGAAACUCAUCUAAUUCUUCAAUGUCAUGACGAAAAUUUCCUCUCAUUUUCAUAAGUAGUCUCACAAUUACAAUGUUGAGAUCAAUUAUAACUUGUUGUGCAACCUUCAUCACCUACACAAAAUAAAGAGCAAGUCUCCAUGCUAA